AAAGCCGCCCAUAUUUAGCCAGCCCAAUGGCCAUGGAUUUGUAGCUCUACCUUUCUGGAUGUACGUGUGCCUGAAAAUCCGGUCAGCUGUACGUUGGUUUUUACGUGACAGCUGUCAGCCGGAACGAAAACCGCGUCGUCGACGUACACGGGGCCAUCGAACAAAACCCAUGUUCCUGCGAUUUUCCAUACACAAUGUAACAGUUAAGAAUUGCUAGAGAGAACAAUUUUACAUAUUUUCGUGUAUUUCUUGUUUCGUAAGUUUUGUUGUUCACAUGGUUACAAUGUUUUCAAGACAUGAUUGUUGCAUAUACAGUUGAGUAGUUAUGCAACGGUAUGGUCGAAAAAUGCGAUUUUGAAUCCAACAUAAGCACACCAGCCAGGAAUGUCGUGCAGUUUUGCCAACUUAUGUUCUUCUUGAUCGUCUCUGCGUGUGAACAGAUCUCACAUUGAGGGAAUCGUAUAAAUUUUCUUUGUUUCUUUACGUUUGAAGUCCGGAAGCCGGGCCUGAACUCUGCCGGUGUAAGGUCGAUCUGAUCUCUGGUGCAUAUAGCGAAGUGGUUGAGCCGAAAUGACGACCAAGGUGAAGGGUAUUUUGAAAGGCCUAAGAUACAUAUCACAGAUAUUUGAUGAUCAAAAAGAACCAGAAAUGCAAAUUGGGUACCCCACGGAUGUAAAGCAUGUUGCCCACAUUGGGUGGGACGGCCCAUCUGCAAAGUCGAAUACGCCGAGCUGGAUGAGGGGGUUUAAUUCUACAGUACCAGAAGUCUCGUCCGGGCCAUUCGAUUCUUUUGGAGCAGCUAAAUUGUCACCUGAAGAUCACAUAAAGCGAAGUGGCGCUGGGAUUAAAGAAUCCCUGCUCCAACAUAUUAAAUCAGCAGGAAGUGGCCAUGGCUCACCUGCUAACUCCCCUCGACGGAGCUGUGAUGCACCAAAGCACUCCAGGCGCCACCGCUCAACGGAUGCAUCAGUACUAAUGGAUUCCCCAUGCCGAGAUUCACCAGGCAGUGCACGGCACACGAGACGGCACCGGAAUUCGAUAAAUGGAAAAGAGUUGCCAUCACAAGACCUGCCUGCUGUCCCCAAACAAUCUCGCCGGAGGAAGUCAAAGGGCGGCGGGUCAAUAAAGUCGUCGAGGUCAAAAGAACAGAAUUCUUUACCGGACAUCCAUUUCACAGAUGUGGGAUCUGAUUCCGGAUCUGGGCAUGGGCUGAUGAAGAGCAAUGAUCAGAACCACCUUAUAAACUCGGUUUUGGAAAAGGAGGGAGUGAGGAUAUAAAUGAAUAAUGAUGAGAGUUGAAGAGGAAAUGUGUGAUAAAUUAAAAUAAAAUAGAUGUUUAAACUCGAUCAGUCGCAAUAUUCAUUGUUUUCUGCCGUAAGAUCACGAAAUGGAUGUGAAUAUAUAUAUAUUCAAAUGGAUCUCGUCAAGCUGUACGUGGAAGGAACUCAAACCACAAAGGAACCUAUAUAUAUGUGUCGUUGAAAUCUCCAUCAAAGAUUAUCA